AUGAAUAUCCAAGCAUUUUUGGUUCUAAUAGUACUGCUAGCAGUCGGAUCGAAGACUCAAUCUGUUUCUACAGAUGAAAAGUGCACAUGUUCAACUGUUAAAUCGAAAUUUGACUGUGUCGCGUUAGGGUGCACUUUCACUCCAUCUACAACAACAACAGCAGCAACAUGUACAUCAACACCAACUGCUCUUGCUGUUGUAAGUGUGUAUUGUGGUUCCAUCUCUACACCAGUCACGAACUGUCCUAAAACUAGAGGAUGUGCUUUCUAUGAUGGGAAAUGCCAACAUUUUAGUGGAUGUUAAGCUUUUCUUAAAACAACUACUUCAGAUUGUUAAGCAAUAUCAACUUAUUGUAUAUCUGAUGGAGUUUCUUGUAUUGACCCUAAACCUUGUGAAAGCUAUCAAACUCAGACUAUAUGUAAUACUAAUGUUAGUGACACUUCUACUUAACUUUGUAUUUGGGAUGAAACUGUCACUCCAAAAUGCAGGGCAUAGAAGUGUAGUGAAGCACCUCAGACACUUAAAACAGAUAUAGAAUGUGAUAAAUUUAAGACUGGAUGUGUUACUAUAGGAUUAGGAUGCGCAGAUUAAAGGUCUUUAUGUUCUGAAUAUAAAUCGGAUUGUUAUAAUAUGAUAGGAUCAGAUGGUGUUUGUGGUUCAGCUGCAGAUGGAUCAUGUAUUUAGAGAAGUUGUGAUUCUGCUCCUUAAGAAUAUACAACAGAUGAUUAAUGUAAUUCAUAUGUAUAAGGAUGCAUAACAAAUGGAUCAGGAUGUUCUAAUAAUCCAUUACCUAGUUGUUCAGAAUAUAAACUAGAUGCAUUUACAUGUUUAAAGAGAAUGGGAAGUGAUGGAAAUUGUGUUGGAACAUCUUAGAAUGUAUGCUAAGUAAGAACUUGUGAAAAUGCUCCAGCAGACUUUUUCUCAACCUUAUUAUGCAAUUAAUAUUUAUCAGGUUGUAAAUUUAAUGGUAUAAAUUGUGUAAGUGAAUUACAAAAUUGUUCUGCUUAUACAGGAACAAAAGAUACUUGUGCUAAAUAUAUAGGUUUGACAGGAUAAUGUUGGGGAGCUGCUACAAAUGAUUCUACUUCUAAUUGUAGAAAUAAGAUGUGUUCAGAUGGAGAGACAAGUUAUAAUACAGAUAAAUUAUGUUCAGAUUUCUUAACAAAUUGUUAUACAAAUGGUUAAGGAUGUACAUCAGAGAAAAAAGCAUGUUCAACAUUUUCAGGUACAACUACUACAUGUAGUAAAUGGAUUGGAUCAGAUGGUAAAUGUGAAGGAACUGAUCCAACUACUGAUAAACCAUGUUCAGCUAGAGUAUGUGUAAAUGCUAAAGGUGAUAAUUAUAUGACUAAUGAAAAUUGUAAAGCAUAUUAAUUUGGUUGUUUAUCUAAUGGUAGUGGUUGUGUUUAAAGUGAUACAUGUUUGGCUACUUAAAAAUAAUUAACAUGUACUGGAACUCCUGAUUGUUUAUGGGGUGGUAUAUGUGUAGAUUCUGAAUGUUCUAAAUACACUUCAGUAAGUAUGUGUAUCAACAAUUUAGCAAAGGGAAGACCUUGUAUUUGGAAUGGUACUAUAUGUAGAGAAAAAUUAUGUAAUGAAGCUGAUAAAGCAACACAUACAUCAGAUGAACAAUGUGGAAAGUUUAUGGCUAGAUGUGUUUAUUCAGGUGAUGGAUGUUAAGAUUCUAAUGUUGAUUGUACAUAUUUUAGAGGUGAUAAAACUACUUGUCCUAAUUUUAUAGCCAAAUCAUAAAAAUGUUGGUCAACUAGUGAAACUAAAGCAUCUUGUAUAAUUAGAUAAUGUUCACAUAAUACAACUGCUACUUCUGAUUAAGAUUGCACUACUUUUCUUGAAGGAUGUGUUACUAAAGGUACAGGAUGUAUAAGUGUUUCUGAACCUUGUUCUUCUUACAUAGGAUCAAUUGAAUAAUGUAAAUUAUUUAAAGGUGAAAAUGGAACUAAAAAAUGUUAUAAAGAAGAUACUAAUUAAUAAUGUAGAAAUAUUAAAUGUUCUGAUAAUUCAACUGCUACAUCUGAUAGUGAAUGUGAUUCACAUUUAACUGGUUGUUUGACAAAAGGUAAUGGAUGUGUAACUCCUGAUACUCCAUGUUCAUAAUAUCCUGGAAAUUCAUCAGAAAUCUGUUCAAAAUUCCUUGGUAAUGGAAUUCCAUGUUGGUGGGAAAGUGGUAGUAAUUGUGUAGAUAAAAAAUGUUCUCAUAAAACAACAGCUUCUGGUAUGGAUGAUUGUGCAUCUUUUCUAAAAGGUUGUGUUUAUAAUGGAACUGGAUGUUAAGAUAAAUCCUUAACAUGUAGUACAUAUACAGGAAAUGAAACAACAUGUUCUCAAUAUCUUGGAAAUGGUUUAUAAUGUACAAGAAAGAAUUUAUGUACUGAAAGUGAAUGUACAGAAAAAACAGAUGCUAAUUCACAUUAAGAUUGUCUUGAUUAUGCUCCUAGUUGUAGAUAUAGUGGUGUUAAUAAUUCAUGUAUAAGUGUAGCAGAUACUUGUAGUUCUUAUACUACAAUGACUGCAGAAUUAUGUAAUUCAACAACUAAUUCAAGUGGUGGAAAAUGUUAUUUUGCAAAUUCUGCUUGUGCAAAUAGAACAUGUGAUUUAUUGGCUUCAGCUAAUUCUCAAUCAGAUUGUGAUUAAUUUUUAACAGGAUGUAUUUGGACAGGUACAAAAUGUACAAACAAAGUUUCUGCUUGUACAAAUUAUACAAAUUUUACAUAAGGUGCUUGUUAAGUAGCAAAAGAUUUAACAAAUAAUUUAUGUUGGAAAUCUACAUCAGGUACAGGAUCUUGUGAAGUUAGAACAUGUUCACAAGUUUCAAAGACUAAUGCUACUGAUUGUUAAAAUCAUCUAUCUACAUGCACUUCUAAUGGAACAAUUUGUGUUAAUAAAUAAGCUAAUUGUACAUCAUAUACAACCAAUUUUACAUAAGCAGCAUGUAAGGAAGCAAAAACUACAGGUGGUGCUUUAUGUUGGAUGGAAACAGCUGGUCCAGGAUCUUGUAUAGCUAGAUCAUGUGAUCAAACUGUUAGUACUCCUAGUGCAAUUACAUGUGCAGCUCAUAUUUAAAAUUAAUGUACAUUUAAUGGAACAAGUUGUAUUUCAAUUUAAAAUUGUACAAAUUACACUGGUCUUACUAUUCCUUAAUGUUAAUAAAUUGUUGGAAGCAGUGGUUUUCCAUGUUAAAAAAUAAGCAAUAUUUUAACUGAUAGUUGUAUAGAGAGAUCUUGUUCUGAUGUAACAGCACCAAAAAAACUUAGUGAUUGUACAAGUUAUUUAUCAAAAUGUACAUUUGAUGGUUUAAUAUGUAAAUUACUCUAAACUACAUGUGAUUAAUAUAUUGAUUUCAGUUAAGCUGCUUGUUAAGCUACAGUUACAACAACAGGUGAAAAGUGUUGGAAAUAAUUUGAUGAAAUAGGAAAAUGUGAAAUAAGAACAUGUACAAAUGCUCCUAUUUAAACUUCUGAAACUUCUUGUAGAUCACAUUUGAGUACUUGUACAUUUAAUGGAAGUGGAUGUGUUGAAGAAUAAACUACAUGUUAAGGAUACACAGAUACAAAUGCUUUGAAUUGUUAAAAAUUAUCAGCUUUCAAUGCUGGUGUUGCAACUCCAUGUUGGUUGGUAACUGGUACUGGUUCAUGUAUCAAUAAAUCAUGUGUACAUAAUACAACUGCAACAACUGAUUAAGAAUGUGAAGCUUUCCUUUCUGGUUGUGUUACAACUGGUAAAGGAUGUACAAGUAAUACAACUUUAUGUUCACAAUUGACUAGUACUUAAGAUGGAUGUUCUGCAUUAAUUGGAAAUUUUAAAAGAUGUAAAGGAGCAUCUGAUUAAUCAGGAGAAUGUAGUAUUAAAUUUUGUUAAGAUAAUACAACUGCUACUAGUGAUUCUUAAUGUGCAUCAUAUAUGACAGGUUGUUUAACAAGAGGAAAGGGUUGUAUUGCAUCAACAGAACCAUGUAGUGCAUACAAGGGAACUUAAGCUUAAUGUAAUAAUUUUAAGGGAGCAGGUAGAACAUGUACAAAUACAAGUCAAGCAACAAGUAGUACUUCUUGUAUUGAACGUAAAUGUAGUGAUAAUACAACAGCCACAUCUGAUAUAGAAUGUUCUAAUUUCCAAGUUGGAUGUAUAACAAAUGGAAGGGGAUGUACAUCUUUAACAUCUCAAUGUACUUCAUUUUUUGGAACCUAAACUACAUGUUCAUCCUUUAUAGGAAAUUCUGGAAAAUAAAAAUGUUAUGGAACAUCAAAUACAACUUCUUAGUCUUGUGUUAUAAGAGUUUGUACUCAUAAUGUAACAGCCACAACAGAUAGUGAAUGUGAAACAUUUUUGAGUGGUUGUAUUACAAAUGGAAAAGGAUGUGUAUUACCAUAAGCAUGUUCUGCAUUUUCAGGAACAAGAAUAUCUUGUUAGACAUUUUCUGCAACUGAUAAACCAUGUAAAGGUGUAAGUUCAACAAUGGUAGCUGCAUGUAAAGUAGCUACUUGUUAAGAUGCUCCAAAUAGUUAUGAUACAGAUGAAUUAUGUGGUAAAUUCAAAACAGGUUGUGUUACAAAUGGAUAUGGAUGUGUUAGUUCAAUAAGUUGUAAAAAUUAUUAAUCAGAGAAAUCUUGUACAGCAAAUUUAUCUUGUUCAUUUAUUAAUUCAUGUAGAAGUGUUGCUUUAACUUCAUGUACUUCUUUUACAGAUGCAUCAACUUGUAUAUCUACUCCUGUUAAAACUUAGAUUGGAAAAUGUGCUUGGGAUAACAUAAAUAAUGGAUGUAGAAAUUGGUAAUGUAGUGAUGCUCCAUUAAGUGUUAAUACUCAUGCUGGAUGUACAGCUCUUAAUUCUAAUUGUACAACAAGAGGAAGUGGUUGUGUUAAUAAAGCAUAAUGUAGUGAAUAUUUGGAUUAAUCUAUUUGUUUAUCAGCUAAAUCUAUUCUAGAUGAUACUUGUGUAUGGGAUUCAACAAAUAAUACUUGUAGAAAAAGAAAUUGUUCUGAUGCUCCUAAAGCAUUAAAGACUGAUGAAGGAUGUAAUACCUAUUUACCUGGAUGUUUAACUACUGGUUAUGGAUGUGUUGCACCACCUUUUGAUUGCACUGCCAACAUUACAUAAACUAGAUGUUUAGUAGAUUCUGCUGGUAAUCCAUGUAUUUGGCUAAAUACUUCAAAUACAUGUUAAAAUUAUACUAGAUGUACUGAUAUCUAAAAAACAACAUUUUAAGAAUGUCAAGCUUAUUCUUUGUUCUGUACAUCUGAUGGAAUUAAUUGUGUGCCAUUUAGUUUAUGUGCUUAUUACACAACUUCAAAUAGUUGUUUGUAAGGAACUGAUGGUUUAUGUGGUUGGUAAGCAGAUACUAAUAAAUGUGUUAAAUUUAGUUCAUGUGAUCAAUUUAUAUCCUAACUCACAUCUUAAUGUUCUACAUUUAAUUCCAAUUGUGUAAGUGAUGGUAAAGGUUGUAUAACAAAACUUAAAUGUACAGAAUAUACAGCUGAAAUGGCAUGUUUAUCAGGAGGAACAGAUGGAUAUUGUAAAUGGGAAAAUAGUAAAUGCAGAAUCAGACAAUGUUCUGAUGCAACUGAAGACACUACUGUUUUUGAAUCAUGUUGGAAAUUUAGUGCAGAGAAAGUAUGUACUACCAAUGGUUCUAAAUGUAUUGACAUCACUACUUGUAGUUCUUAUGCUAAAUCUUAUUGUAAAUUAGGAACAGAUGGAUAUUGUACUUAUGAUGAUACUAAUUAAUUAUGUAGAACUAUGAUAUGUUCAGAUAACAAAGAUACAACUAGUGCCUUAUGUUCAAAGAGGGUUGGUCUUAAAUGUGUUUCUGAUGGAACUAAAUGCAUUGAUAUUGCUAAAUGUUCAGCCUAUUCUGACAAAGAAGCAUGUAAUGGAGGUGGUACUGAUGGAAUCUGUGCUUUCACUCCUUCCCAAAAUAAUCCUUUGGUAGGAGUCUGUAAAUUAAUGACAUCUUGUUAAAGUGCUGGCCAAGAUUAAAUUGCUUGUUCUAAAGCACCUUGUAUUUUCAAUAAUAAUGCUUGUGGACCUUAAACUUGUGCAUCAUAAUAGUAAGGUAAUAAAUGUAAUUCUAUUCAAUCAUUUGAUAAAAAAACUAUCACUGUUUGUGUUCCUGAUGGAAAUGGUGGAUGUUCAUAAGGAGAUGCUUCAUCACUUUCUUCAAGUUUAUGUUUUGAAUUAAGUGGUAGAACAUAUUCAUGGAAUCCAUCUAAAAGUAAAUGUGAAAAAUGUGCUAAAGCCAAUAAUAAUAAUUCUACAGACACUCCAGAUGAUGGUGAAGAAGAGGAAGAAACAAUUCAUGCGGUCUCUUUAAAAACAGCAUUCCUCCUCUUAUUUGGUUUUAUUUCAGUUUGA